AUGUUUGUCCGCGUGGGAUCCGAAUCGCUACACGGAAAGGUCUGCUUUCAGCGCAUCCGCACCGUGGUGAUGGACGAGGCGCACACGCUCAUCUCGGAUGCCAGCUACCGAGAUGUGAUGGACGAAGUCGCAGCCAGUGUGGGUUCUGGCGGAUGGACCAACAUCAAACGCGUGGCGUUGACGGGCACACUUUGCAUCGGGGACCAGGAGCAUCUGUUUCGAAAGCUGGGUCAGCAAGUCGGGGGCAAGGUGUACCGUCUGGAGACGAUGCGUCGCGAUCUGCAGCUGCGUGUGCUUCACGGAAACCAGCUAAACUUUUUGUCGCAUGUGCAAGCCAUUGUGGACACGCAGCGGGUGAUGCGUCAGGCGAAUGGGAAGCGUGUGCACAUGAUGGUCUUUUGUGACACCGUGAACGAGGUGAAGCUGCUGUGUGACCAGCUGCACGCAUACGGCUACAUGGCCUUGCCCUACUACACCGACCUGGAGGAGAAGGCGCAAAAGGACCAUGUGGCACAGUGGCAACGGGGUGAAUGCGACGUCAUUGUGGCCACCAGCUGUCUCAGCACGGGCGUGGAUCUGCUCACCAUUCGCCACGUGCUGUGGUAUGGCAACGGCUACAACGUCUAUACGCUGGCCCAGGCAUUUGGUCGGGCUGGUCGCGAUAAACAGGGUGGAACUGCCGAGCUGUGGCUACCAGUGAGACGUGGGCCAGCACCGGGCAUGGAAAAGAACGCACAGCGCCUGGAGCCAGCAAUAGCUGCGCGCCAGCAGCGCGCUGCCCAAGCGUUGAGUGUGGGGCAUGUGGAAGCAGAGCCCGAGGCGAUGGCGGAGGAGGAAGAUGUGUUGUCCGAGCCACCUGCAGCACAGCUCGAGGAAGAAGAAUCGAUCGGGCCAGAGUCCGCUUUGGAUGUAACUUCAGCAUCGAACGUUGACACGGCAGCAUCACCAGGACCAGGUGCCGUUGCGGCGCAGUCGAGCAGAAGCACUCCACGUGCCCAGGACACGGCUGUGGUGGCGACAAAUGGAGGGCCAACGACGGAUGCUGCUGUGCCACGGAUACAGACGAGUGCUGCUUGGAUUGAUGAGGCAGAUACAGCAUCCAUGUCGGUGCCAGCUUCACCCAUGGUCUCUGAUGCUGAUGGCGAGGCGCCUUUACAGCAAGACGCGCGUGGCCCGGCGCAAACCACGAUGGCAGAGGACGAGAGCACGCCACAGCCAGUCAUGCAGUCAGCAGCACAGCCAACCCCCACGAAACACGCGCCAACCCCGUCGGCCUCGAUCAUUUGCGUGCCAGUACCAUCGGCCUCGGGUUCAACCUCGUCUCCGGCGCGAUCGGCUGCAAGCUCAGCCUCGG